UGUUAGUCGCUUAACAAAAUGUUCUAACCGCAAUAAGGAACAUAUUUUAUUUAAUGGGUAACAUAAGCGAUGUCGAAAAGACCAUUGAACGAAAGCCCAAAGAAGCACAAUUAUUAUAUGCCGCUGAAAAUGGGCAAGUUGAUAAGUUACAAGCCCUUCUUUCCGAGAAGGACGUUCAGGUAGACUGCCCAAAUAGUUCUGCUGUUACAGCUUUAUUUCUGGCAGCGAAAGAAGGACACGAUGAAUGUCUCAGGCUGUUACUUGAAGCUGGAGCAAAAGUAAACGGCAUCGGGCUUGGUAACACAGCGCUAACGCCGCUGUGGGUAGCGACUUACGCCGGUCAUAAAAACUGCGUGGAAAGAUUGGUAAAAGCAGGUGCCGAUCUCAAUACAAAGUUUCCUGAAACACCUUUGUUUAUUGCGGCACGUGAAGGAAAGGCAGACUGUCUCAAGAUUCUAAUAGAAGCUGGUAGUAAUGUUAAUGUUAAGAACAAUCGAGGACAAAAUCCAAUGCAUAUUGCUUGUUCAGAAGUUCACGAGAGCUGUGUAGAACUUUUGGCAAACACAGAAUGUGAGUUGGAUGCUAUAGAUCAGAGUGGUUGUACUCCUUUGCACCAUGCAUGUAUCAAUGCACCAGAUGGUCACAGUUCAGUCAAGAUGCUUGUGCAAAUGGGAGCAGCAGUAAAUAUUUCUUCUAGAUGUUGGAACCAUGCCACAUCCUUGCACUACUGUUCACAACUUGGAAAAAUAGAAAAUGUAAAACUUUUAAUAAAAUAUGGUGCGAAUGUGUUCAUAAAAGACAAAUGUGGUCAGACAGCAAGAGACAGGGCUCAGAAAUACCCAGAAUGUGAAAAACUUCUUCAACAACAAGAAGCUAGACCAUCAAGCUUGCUCCAGUUGAGUUGCUGGUCACUCAGAGGAACCCUGGGAACUAAAGGUCUCAAGAAAGUACAUGAACUGCCAAUACCGCUGACUCUCAAACAGUUUUUACUAUAAAAAUGGAAUAUUUUACACAGCAUGUAAACAAUUUGUAAUUCAGGUGAAGACUGAUGCAUCACUGCAAAGUCUAUCUCCUGUUACACAAAGUCAUAGUAAAAACAGGCAGAGUGAGGUAAAACAAAGCUGAUACUGUCGCACCGUUUUGUAGUUUAUGUAAUCUGAGCUGAAGGUCUUCUGAGAUAGUAGUGGUUAAAAUAUAUUGGAAUAACGGGUAAUCCAGUACUACACAGAGUAUGGUUUCAUUUCCGUUAUCUUUCGAACCAUAUUCACUAUUGCGUUCCCUUGAACUUUCUUGGCUACGAGACCUGCAGUCGGGCACGGUUACAAAAUGACUGAACCUCUGGCAGUCAAAUUUUACUUUCACAGAAUUUCCACUAGGAUGUACUUUCAAACUUCCUAUGUGUAUCAGAUGAUAGUUAAGAAGUGUUACUUUAUGACAAAAAUUGAUGGUUUUCUUUUUGACGAUAUAUCAGAAGUUGGCUAUACUGUAAAGCCCUGUUCAAACGGUCAUAAUAGUUGAUGAAAGUUUCAACUACCACGCGCUUGAACACGAACUAUCAUGCACUGUCAUUGACUAUGAUGUAGUUUGGACAUGUUCCAAUUUGACAUGAUAGUUGAUGAUAGUUUUUACCGUUUGUACGGGUGGGUGAUUGUGAAUGAUAGUUUUUACGGUAAGCAGUUAUGUCAAAGAUGGGCCCAAACCGAAAUAGCAAAGGGUAAAAUGACUACGGUAGUUGUUAAAACUUCGCAGAAUGUCUCGUAGUUCAUUCUCAUCAUCCCCUGGUAGGCUUCAGUAUCUUCAACUCGCAACUUAUUGACUGAAAUUUCAGAUGCCACCGAAAUUGCAGACCUCAGCACGCGCGAUACUUUUUUACACUUACGCGAUCUCAUUGCGUGAUUUUGUCAACUAUCAUGAACCGUUUGAACGCAAACCUGAUAGUGGAUGAUAGUUGAAACUAUCGUCGACUAUCAUGACCGUUUGAACGGGGCUUAAAAGACAUGUAAUUGCAUCAAUCUCGACGCUUUAGCCUUAUUCAAAUGGUUAUGAUAGUUGAUGUUAGUUUCAACUUUAAUUCACUAUCUUUGAAUAUCAUGUUUGCGUUCAAACGGUUCUUGAUAGUUGGUGAGAGUUGACAAAAUCACGCAAUGAAAUCGCGUAAACAAGUAUGGGCGAACGAAUCGUGUUAUCACGGAAAGCAGUAUUUAUGCUUCUUUUUUGAAGAUUUAGGUCUUUUUCACCAUAGAAGGCAAUGAAAUACAAGAAUAAACAUUAGAGAAGGGUCCUCGUGUUCAUAUUACUUUUCCCAAGCAGCAAAUAGAACAAGAUAAGGGGCUUAUCUGGAAAACGAGUCGGCAUUCGCCUUUUUUUUUUAAGUUUUCAUAUUAAA